AUGCCAAGAUCUGCUCCGAUUGAACGUCCGCGGUCGGGCGCGGGAACUUGGUCUUCUCCUCAAAUAUAAACAAUUCGCAAUAAGUGUAGGGAAAAAUUGCUGAUAAAUCGAAAAACAUGGAGCGAGCGCAACCGCCUACGUAACUACGUGCGAGUGCGAUGAGUUCUUCUGGAAAAUCGCGAACCCCCUUGACAGAUUGCAACCCCUUGGAGCCGCCGUCAGCAACGAGUGCAAUAUUCUGAAUUGAAAAAUUGAGAAAGCCGUGAUCGUUCGCCCAGUGUAAUUACGAAAAAUCGCAUAUUAUCUCUCAGCUCCAGUUAACAUCGCGACGGUUUAAUCCGUUCGAGUGAUAACGCGCGAAUGUAGUUCUCGUAGGCACUCAUAAAGUGAUAGAAUCGCGGAGCAGACGGACGUCCAGUUGGAAGUUGUUUUUGAAGUGCUCGCACGAUAAUUAAGAUGUCUCAGACCGUUCUCGUCACUGGAGGAGCUGGAUACGUCGGAUCUCACACAAUAAUUGAACUUCUCAACGCCGGAUACAAUGUGAUUUGCGUUGAUAACUUAUGCAAUGCAUUCAGCGAAAAGGAUAGUCUCCCGGAGUCUCUGAAACGCGUGCAGGAAAUCACGGGGAAGACUGUGGGGUUCUAUGCAGUCGAUCUGAAAGAUAAGGCGGCGUUGACAGCGAUUUUCAAGAAGCAUAAAAUCGAUUGUGUAGCGCAUUUUGCAGCUUUGAAGGCGGUGGGUGAAUCAUGCAAAUUUCCACUCCAAUACUAUCAAAACAACAUAACUGGAACGAGUUUGCUGCUUGAAGUCAUGGCAGAGGCUGAAGUAUUUAAUCUAGUCUACAGUUCCAGCGCCACCGUGUAUGGUGAACCACAAUUCCUACCAUUAACCGAAUCUCAUCCUACCGGUAAUUGUACAAAUCCCUAUGGAAAGACUAAAUAUUUUACAGAAGAAAUCCUUAAGGAUCUGUGCACAGCCGAUGAUAGAUGGCGCGUUAUUUCCCUGCGAUACUUCAAUCCAGUUGGAGCUCACAAAAGCGGUAAAAUAGGUGAAGAUCCCAAUGGCAUUCCAAACAAUUUGAUGCCCUUCAUCUCACAAGUAGCAAUCGGGCGUCGCGACAAGCUCCUUGUCUAUGGAGACGAUUAUGACACCGUCGAUGGAACUGGUGUACGUGACUACAUUCAUAUCGUUGAUCUGGCCGAAGGACAUGUUAAGGCUUUAGAUAAAUUCCGAACGGGCAGUAUUAAAGGCUUUGCUGCAUUUAAUUUAGGCACUGGCCAAGGCUAUUCUGUUUUGGAGAUGGUCAAGGCAUUUGAAAAGGCUUCCGGACGUCCGGUUAAAUAUGAAAUCGUCGCGAGGCGACCAGGUGAUGUCGGAACUAGCUACGCCGAUCCAACACUUGCCAUGAAACAACUCGCCUGGAAAGCCAAACGAGGAAUUAACGAGAUGUGCGAGGAUACAUGGCGUUGGCAAAAUAACAAUCCAAAUGGAUUUGCUAAGCUUUAAGAAUGAUAUUCCAGAAAGGUGAUAAUUUUUAGUGUACAUAUAUGUAUUUGUAUAAUUGUUAAUUUACCAAAAAUGUGAGAAACCAAAGAAAUCGAUGAUCUUUUUAACAUUCUAUUAAUAUUUGAAACCAAAGCAUUUCAGACCAAAUAUUCAAAUAUAAUUCGAAACGUUAUUGGUGUUGUUGUUAUCACCUUGUACAUAAUUGUCUUGUGUUGUUGUUGAUUUGAAUUAUUGAUCACGAAAGAAGUAAGUUUUACUUAUAAAACACGAACCACAGACACAAAGAAAUUCGAUCUAGUUAUUACCACCUUACUUGCCUUAAGUAAGAAUCAAAUUUAGAGUUACACAGGAACAAUUGAAUAUUCCGCGAAUCGAUAGAAAGUAAAAUAGAACUUUUUGCCAUUGAAGUGUCAUAUACCAAAAAUAUUAAAAUAAUUUUACUCGAAAAUAACUGCAUGCGAAUAAAGAGAAUUAAAUUAUA